UAUGCAUUCCAGGUGAUGGAACUAUAUCCGGAGGCGUAUCUCAUGAUUGCCAGCUAUGUGGGAAACAGACGCGACCUAUGCACUCUGUGCAGGGUAUCCAAAAGCUUUCAAGCGGCCGCUGAAAGAGCAUUGUAUAACACGCUGCAGUUGUCCGAGCCUAGCUCGACGAUGACCAUCUGUGCACUGCUUGCAGGCCAGCCUCGGUUGUCGCGCUUGGUCAUCGCGAUCACCGUCUUCGCUCGGGACGAGAAUGGCAGUGGAGGUUCAGACUUGUCUUCCCUGCCUCAUCAUUACUGGGAAUCCGUGGCGCGCGCUCUCCGAAAACUCACACGCCUGCGCUUCCUUAAUAUCCAUAUUGACAACGGCACCAGUACGAGCAAUUCUUGGAUUCUUAACGGAUGUAACUCUCAACUUCAGUCAUUUCAUUGCGAUCUCGCAUGGGACGACAACCUCAUCAACUUUCUUUCUUCUCAAGACGAUCUCACCGACCUAUACAUCGCAGAUUUUAACGAGGAUACCCCAGCGAACCUCUCUCUCGCCCCCAGGUCUCUUCGUCAGGCCGAGACUCUCCCUAAAUUAUCGUUCCUCGAGUGUACCUUUACGGAAGCUGUCGGCGUGCUUGCUCCAGGUCGUCCUAUCACGCAUAUAAAGUCAUGUUUUUCUCGCUCAGAUCUCUCUGCAAGGCGAGCCGAGAUGUCACUUCUAAUCUCCAACUUACGCCUAUCUACACGAUCACUCCUCUCCCUCAACAUCUCCGACUCUUCGUAUACAGAGCAAUUUUCACUUGAUUUUUUGACCAAAUUGGUCAAUGCGAUCUCUCCUAACCCCAGCAUACGCUAUUUGGGGACGUUCGUCCUACCCGUAGACGGUCGCGAGCGGCUCAAAUUCUAUGGCCAGCUUCGGCGUCUGUCCUUGUUGGAGUGUGUUGAACUCGAAGUAUCUGACUGGAGUCCGCCACCGGUUACACCUCUUUCUCAGCGGGCGCUCGCUCGAGAGUUGAAUCUUUACUGCCCCACGAUUACGACUGUCGUGUUUAUUCACGAAUUCGACCCCAUGGCCAUGCGAGCGGCCGACGGUGUAUGGCAAGUCGCUGAUGAAGAGAUCAAUUUCGAUACCCUAUGGAGAGAUACUUAA